AUGGCCAAAUCAGACACUGCGUAUACGAAUGCUGGGGUGGACAAGGGCGAUACUAGGGAGCAUAUCGAAGAGAUAGCGCUGGCUCGUGUGACAGAGGAGGACUUAUGGAAGCUAUCGAAGGAUUCUCUGAACCUCUGGUCGUGGACAGGCUUCCGCCUUGGUCUUAUCAUGUUUAUUCAUGGCUGCAAUCAAGCCGGGUUUGGAGUCGACUGGGGAGUCAUCGGCGGUAUCAACUCCAUGCAGCCAUGGCACGACUACUUUGAGUUCAAUACCAGUGGCGGCACAUACGGCUUGAUGAAUGCUUUGAUGCAGAUUGGCACCGUCUGCGGUGCACCGUUCAUGGCUCUAGCGGAUGUGGUCGGUCGUCGUGGAAUCAACUUCGCUGGUAACGCCAUUGUCAUUUUUGCAUCGCUUAUGCAAGGCCUCGCAGUAAAUCUGCCUAUGUUCAUGGCGGGUCGAUUCUUUAUGGGUUUUGGCACCGCGCUCAUGUCCAGCUCUCAAUACAUUGGUGAGGUUGCGCCUAUCCAUCUGCGUGGUCGCAUGGUCGGCGUUUUCGGUGCAUGCUUCCAAGUCGGAAGUCUCGUCAUGCUUGGCGCCAUGGUUGGACUCACCAAUCUACCGGGCAACAAUUGCUGGCGUAUUCCUCUGAUUCUCGAGGCUCUUUUCCCGGCAAUUGUCUGUCUAGGAAUAUAUUUGGUGACCCCUGAGUCGCCACGGUUUUAUGUCCUCAACGGUAACCGUCAAAAGGCCAAGGAAAUUAUAGCGAAGUAUCACACUACGAGCACGGACAUCAAUGAGCCAAUUGUUGAGGUUGUAGUUAGACAGAUUGAGGAGUCUCUUGAGAACGAUUCGACAGGCUAUAGGGCUUUCUGGGACUACCGAGUCUUUUUCACCAAGGUAGCUCGCUACCGACUGCUCGUUUUAGUUCUAUACUCGCUAUUCCAACAAUGGAAUGGCGGUGGUAUUAUCACGUAUUAUUUGGUCCCUUCUCUACAGCAGUUGAACAUUAAUGGUCCCAAACAGCAGCUUGGCGUGACCAUUGGCACUACUGCAGUCUACUUUGUCUUUACGGGUGUUGGAUCGCUUAUAGUCGACAAGGUCCGCAGAAGAACCUUAAUCUUCGUUGGUCUCAUCAGCAUGAUUGUGUUCCAAACGGCUACAACAAUUACAUCAUGGCAGUACGCUCUUCAUGCUAGUACCGCCACAGCAGCACUCACGCUCCUUUGGAUUUUCCUUUAUCAGACUUUUUCAGCGACCUUUGUUGCUACCAUGCACAACUUGUAUCCGAUUGAGAUUCUUUCAUUGCCUCUUCGAGCAAAAGGAAUGGGACUAUACAGUCUCAUUCAAGGUGGUGCUGGGGCUGCGCAAUCUUAUGGAAUCGGGGUUGGAAUCGAAAAGGUUGGGUAUAAGAUUUGGGUGGUGUACAUCGUGUACAACUCUGUUCAGCUCCUUUUAUCCUAUCUCUUCUUCCCAGAGACUGGCGGUCUAUCGCUGGAGGAAAUCAAUACGGUGUUUGAAACUCCGGGGAUUCACCCGGUAAAGAUGUCGUUGGAUAUAGAAAAGGCCAAGAAAGCAAGAGCUGACGCGGGACGGGACGAGGAGGUCAGUGCUGGACUAUAG